AUGAAGCUUCUGCACUGGCUGUCAACUCUUCUAUUCAUGGCAAUUGCUGCCGCAACUUCUACCCGAGAGGGAAUGCUUAAGGAGAUUCAGAUUAUGGACCGUUGGUAUAAGCUAUGCGCAGAGAAUGGCCGGCUCUACAGUUCAGCCAAAAUCCUCCAGUGUAUCCAUCAUUCUAACGACAACCUCUUCUCUGCCUAUGCCCGCCUUCCCCAUGCUGACAGAGGAGAACCUCCUAUGGACUCUGGAUCGUGCAAUGCUGUCUCAUCGGCGCUUAAGAAACCUUUUGAUGCAGGAAAGAUUCUUUUUGAUAUUUUGAAGAAGCCGGAAAUCAUUUGUCACGCCAAGGACAAGGCGACUGCAGAAAACGUUAAGGGAGGACUGGAAAUAACCUUAGAGAGAUGGGGGCAGAAAUAUCUCCCUCGAUUCCACGCCAAUUGCAAGGAAGAAAAGGGCAAUGUGCUCUAUGCUUAUCAGGAAUGGAAAGCACCUAGUGAAGCACUCAAGGGCGCUAUUGGAGCUUGGGAGCUCUGGGAUACCACAUGUGCCUCUGCUUAG